GAUCCCAGCUGGCGCGAUUCAAUUACAGAAGUUAUUACUCGGUGAAGAAUUCCAGCAACUUUGGGGGAAGGAAGAGUUCUUGGAAGUUUUGAGUAGAUGGCGAAUUACUCGGUUUAAUUAUUUUAACUCUUAGUGAAUGAAGAUUUCCUUGGACUUUGUUAUGGCGCUUGGUGGAUGAAGUUCCGAAGUUGGUGGUACUUGUAUAUAAGCUUUCAAUGUAUUUAUUAUGGGACGUAUUUAUUUGUUUUAUGUGGUUUUAGGUUCUUGAACGAAUGGUGAAUAGCUCGGUUUCAUUGUACGGACAUUUAGUAGGUGAGGAGAGUUUUGGAAUUUGUCGCGGUAUUUGAAGAAAGAUAGAGUACACGGAAUGUAAAGGCCUCAUCGAUCGGAAAUGUACGACGUGGAGGACAGUAGCGAAGAGGAAGACACGCAACACAUUUCCGCGUUCAGUAAGUUCGACGAGAGCAUCGAGGUGAGAAACGCGGAGGACAUUGAGAGUCCUGUGAUCAGUAUGUUCGAUAAUCCCGGUUCAAGGAAUAGAUCCAAAAGUCCCGAUGAGAGUUCCAGAGAAAUUGGGAUCGAUUCGAGCCGCAGGAAAAGUGCGCGCAGUAGAUAUGCAGAAAGAGAUGAUGACCGCAUCGAGCCUUUCAGAAAAUCCAUGACUCUUUUAGACGAUCCAUCGGACAGUGAAGAAACGGACGAGGACGACAUCCGGGGAACUAAUUUAGCAAGAACUAUAGAAUACUAUGAUCCGAAACAGUUUGACGACAUCCAGGCAUCAGCUGAGGUGAAAGAGCUCUUCCAAAACAUUACAAGAUAUACUCCCCAAAAAAUCGAGUUGAACUUCAAGCUGGCGCCGUUCAUUCCCGACUACAUUCCAGCAGUUGGAGACAUCGACGCAUUCUUGAAAGUGCCCAGACCAGAUGGAAAAGCUGAUAAAGUAGGCUUAACAGUGCUGGAUGAACCAUGUACGGAUCAGUCGGAGCCAGCAGUUCUGUACUUGCUUCUGAGAAGUCGCAGCAAAAGCGCCGGCCUGGAAAAGCAGAGUGUUAUCAAGAGGGUAGAGAACGCAGAGAAGAAUGGGAAGUCUGUAGACAAAUGGAUAGAGGACAUGAACCAACUGCGGGGGAGUAAACAUGCACCAUCGGUCCAGUUGACGGCACCAACUCCAGAUAUCGAUGCACUGAUGCAGCAUUGGCCCUUCGAGCUGGAGCAGAAAUUGACUGACAUGAAUCUUGACUUGUCCAAGUUGGAUUGUGACGUGUCACAGCUGGCGGACAUUGUUUGCACGUUGCUGGACAUCCCAGUUCAUGAAAAUAAGAGACUAGAGGCUCUACACGUUCUGUUCUCGUUGUAUCUGGAAGUUAGGGACCAUCGGUAGCGAUACGGGAUGUUGAACAUGUAAUAUUGGGUUAUACAAGUUCGUUCCAAAUUGAAUUGUGACGUAUCACAGCUGAUGGACAUUGUACGUUGCUGGUCAUCCCAAUUCAUGAAAAUAAGAGACUGGAAGCUCUGCAUGUUCUGUUCUCGUUGUAUCUGGAAGUUAGGGACCAUCGGUGGCGAUACGGAAUGUUGAACAUGUAAUAUUGGGUUAUACAAGCCCAUUCCAAUUUGGAUGGUGACGUGUCACAGCUGGUGGACAUUGUUUGCACGUUGCUGGUCAUCCCAGUUCAUGAAAAUAAGAGUGGAAACUCUACACGUUCUGUUCUCGUUGUAUCUGGAAGUUAGGGACUAUCGGUGGCGAUACGGAAACGUAUAAUACGUUGUUACAUGUAAUAUUGGGUUACACAAGUUCGUUCCAACUUGGAUUGUGACGUGUCACAGCUGGUGGACACUGUUUGCACGUUGCUGGACAUCCCGGUUCAUGAAAAUAAGAGACUGAAAGCUCUGCAUGUUCUGUUAUCGUUGUAUCUGGAAGUUAGGGACCAUUGCUAUUAGCAAUAAUUUAAGUGAAAGUGAAAAGGAAACAAACCCGAUAAGUUGCGAAGCUGGACCUUUCAAUUUGGGAAUGGAAGCUCCGUCUUUACAUAAUUCAAAUAAAUAGCAUUGCUAUUAGCAAUGGUCCCUAACCGUAGGGUCCGACGGGCUCGGAGUUCGGAAUAGGACUGACUGUUCUAAGUUCAUGAAGUUAUCCCGUAGGGAUGAGGGUUUCUGAUUCCGUGGCGCCGGGCUCAACGGUUCUUUCCCAUAGUCACCCGACUUCGUCGGGAUCUCUUCCCACGGCGUAUUUCGACGCCAUGCAGUUCUCAAACUCUCAUGUAUGCAUUUCUAACAAUAAGUGACUCUAGACCGACGGCAUUACAGUACACCACAAAAAUAUUUAUUAUCUCCAUUACAUGUACGUAUAAUCUGCUCGCCAAUAUCAUAGCCGUUCCAAAGAAUAGAUCCCGCAGUAACACAUUUCUCGCCAUUAAAUUAUCAUCUCA